UGUUUCCAAAUCAGUUUUAUACAAAUUUCGUACAACGCACUCAAAAUAAAAAUAUUUUUCUUCGAGACUUUAAGGUUCCACAAAAAAAGGAUUUGACCAUUAACGUCAAUCACCGAAAAAAUUAUUCUAAAAAAAAAUCAUAAACGGUAUUAAAACAAAAAAAAACACAUGCAUAAUCAUUAGAAAAUUGUGAAAAAAUCUUUUAUCAAAAUUUUACUAUAAGACAUAAUAACUCAGUCAAUAAAAAUUGAUGCGCAAGCAAAGAACGUUUUUGCCCUGUCGAUCUAACCCUCCAUUAGAGGAAAUAACGGACAGUAAAGGAUUGACCAGUUUGCUAAGCCACCGAUCUUACUACGGUAUGUGCAAGGCGGUCCUAUAUUUACUGUCCUUCAACACAAGAUAACCAAUAUGAUGUGGACCCGAACGAGACUUGCCCUGCGCAGCAUUGCUAGAUCGCAAAGCUUAAACGGUAAGCGCACCAGGAUGAAGGAACAGCUGUCAGCGAAACAGCACGAGCGCAACGAGAAGAAAAAGAAGAAGCUGGCUGCGUUGGCAAAUCUGAUGGAGUUGAACGAUCGCGAUCGAUUGCACGAGGCAGAGUUGGCCAAAAAGCGGGAUGCGAUGGAGGCCGAGAUUGAAGAACAGUCGCCAGCGAAGGCUAAGGCAAAGGACGAGGAUGAUGGUUUUAUAACAGUGGGCAGCAAGCGGAAAGCCCGAAAUCGCCUAACAAUCCGCAGUAAUCCCGAGCAAGAAGCGGAAUCUGUAGAAGAACCUCAGACGUCUGCCAUAGAACACACCGACACAGAUGAGCCGGUGGCCAAAAAAAGUCGCAACCACGAAGCUGGUGGUGAUAGCCUGCCUCAGGAAAUAUGCUCCCUUUCCGAGCAGCAGUAUAAACAGCUGUCGGCGGAAUUGAGGCGCCGCAAGCGCCAGAUCGAGGAUGUUCCUGCUCUGAGACUACGUGAGAUGGGCCAACGCGCCUCCCUCGCCACGCCUCAAAAUGCUCGCACACCCCUUUUCCUUACCGACAUCCAAAACCUGCUGAUGUCUGCCCUCAUUGGCCAGAAAAGUCCCUGCCGACCGGAUCGUUGGUGCAGUGUGGAGAAGUGGCUUAACUUGUCGCACAGUGUUGUGGUCAUACUAGAGGGCCUAUCCCUAUACCAUUACCUGUCUAAUGAAAGCCAGUUCGAGGCCACCAACAAAAUAUUCAACACCAAGCUGGAGAUGCUUCUUCCGCCUCGUAACGAGGGUCAGAUCAUAGACGAGAUAGCUAAGAUUCCUUUGACAAAUGUGCAGGCUCGCAAGCUGAUUGACGAACACGGAUCAUUAGAGUCAGCUGUGGAGCUGAACAAAGAUCCCACAUUGUUCGUAAAGACGAUCUUCCCUAUAGAAAGGAAAGCGACAGUGCCAGAUGACCUGCAUAAGGAUGAUAAGUUCCCCCGCACCAAGCUCCUGUUAUCUGCCCUGCAAAUGGUCGAUGAAGGCUAUCCCAUUCCUUUGCAAGGCGAGCUGCACAGUCGCUUCCAGAAGUUCAGGUUCACCAAGGACUCGUAUGCUCCGGUGACCAAUCGUAGUCCUAUGUACGGCGUGGAUUGUGAAAUGUGUCAAACAGAAGCCGGUGUUAACGAAUUGACCCGAAUUUCGAUAGUCAACGAAAGGUACCAGACAGUGUACGAAACGCUGGUGAUGCCUAGAAACCGGAUCACCGAUUAUCUAACCCAGUACUCUGGCAUCACUGAAGAAAUCAUGAAAAAGGUGACCAAGACACUGAAGGAUGUGCAGGAUGAGGUUUCGGAACUGCUGCCGCCGGAUGCUAUUCUAGUGGGGCAGUCCUUGAACUCCGAUCUUAACGCCAUGCAAAUGAUGCAUCCCUAUGUGAUUGACACCAGCGUUUGCUUUAACAUUUCCGGAGUGCGACGGCGCAAGAGCAAACUGAAGCACCUGGCCAUGACCUUCCUGAAAGAAAUUAUCCAGGAAAAUGACGAAGGUCACGAUUCCAUAGAGGAUUCGCGAGCUACGCUAAAACUUGUCAAGAUGAAGCUGGCUAACAGCAUCGAAUUUGGUGAUGAGAUUCUUACGCAGCAAAAACGAUUGCAGGAGUUGGCAAACGCCUCCAGCGGUGACAAUAUCAGCAAUAACCUAUUUGCCCAUGCAGCCAAAAGGGACAAGCGAACGGCCAUCGUCACGGUUGGCGAUCUGCAGCCCCAUCUUAAGGAUAUCAUAGAAAAGGCAGGAGAGGCAGCUCCCAAGGAUCACAGCUUGGCAGUGCGGGUGCACGAGGUCUCCUCCUCAAAAGAAGCCGUUCGCAAGGUCAAUGAAAUUGCCUUGGAAAAUGCCCUGACAAUUGCGAAUCUUCAAGUUGCAGAGCAGGACUUUGUGUUGGAGAGUGCAGAACGGAGUGUUGCCAAACUGGACAAAACCAUCGAUCGCCUGUGGAAUUCGGUGGCACACAAUGGCCUUUUCCUAGUGCUAAUGGGCGGAUCCUCGGAGUGCACUAAUGGUGUGGCCAAGAUAGCCAUUAAGCGGCUUAACGGAACUGAACAGAUUAGUGUGCCUAUCGGAAGUUAGAAAACAAAUGAGAAUACAUCUCCUGUUAUUCACCUUAAUCUAUAUCCAUGUGCCCCUAGGUAAUAAACCCAAGGGGGGCCAGUCGGAAACUUAAAGCAGAAUCAAAUUUGCCGUAUCAUCCCCAAGACAUGACCAACAUUUGUUUCACCUCACACCUCGAAAAUGCACUACAUACAAAGAUGUAUCAAUGGAAAAUUUUCAAAUCGAAAAAAGUCUUCAAAAACAAAUAAAAUGUACAUUUAUUUUUUCACAAAA